AUGGCCCACUGGAGGGAGGAGUAUACCUCCGCCCUGGCAGCUCGAGAUCGGAAAGAAAAGAGCAACAUCGCUCUGUAUAAAGCCUAUACCCAAUUGGCAGAUCGCACUGGCCGCAUAGCAACAGCUCCCCAGAGUGCCCAAACCCCCACUUCACCAGACAACCAACGAUCAGUCUCUUCUUCAUCAAACAUUUCCAAGAAACAACAAGCUCCGGGGGAGCCAGAACUUUCUCUCCAAGAUAUUUUGAUAGCCACACGUGCCGAUCUCUCCGAAGCACAACGUUCUCGAACCGAACUGCAGGAGAAGCUUACUCGUGUGAGCACUGACUUGGAAAAGCUUCGAAAGAGGAGCACACAAGAUGCACGACGAAUAAGGUCAUUAGAAGGGGAUAGAACACAUAUCCAGUUACGCCUGAAAGACAGAGAUGAGGAGUUGAGGGGAAAAGCCAAAUUGCUCGAGGAUUUUCAAGAUGAAUUAGCAACACUAAAUCUACAGCUCAACAUGGCCGAGGAGCAAUCCAACCGGCUACAACGUGAAAAUCAGGAUCUGGUCGAUCGCUGGAUGGCCAGAAUGGGCAAGGAAGCUGAGGCUAUGAAUAAUGCUUCCAAGUAUUCAUAG